AUGAGUCCCGAGGAGAAGCCUCCUCCGCCUCCGCCGCGCCGCUCCCGGGGCAGCCGGGCGCCCCCUCAGCCGCGGCGCGGGGGCCUCUUGACGGAGAUCCGGACGCGCAUCCUCACCGAGCCCUUCCAGGAGCGAUACUGCCUCAGCCCCAGCCGCGAGCUCGGCAGGUGAGCGGGGGGGGGGCGGGGAGCCGCUGCCAGCCCGUGUCGGCCGCGCCGCGCUCAGCCGCACGUGGGGACGGCGCCCUUCUUGCGAGCCCGCGGGGGGAGAAGCGGGGAGGCGGCCGGGCGGAGGAGGUCCCGCGUCGCAGCGCCCUUCCGGGGCAGCUGCGAGAGAGGCGGUGGGGCGCAGUGGGGAGCGCCCGGAGUCGGGCCGGGGAGGGAAGUAGCGCGACCUCUGACUCCGCGUUUGCAAUACCUCGGUCGCCGAGUGCGGCGGCGGCGCCUCCACUUCGGAACUCGCUGCCGGCGGAGACCGAGCAGGCUGAAAGCGCCCCUGCCUAGACGAGCCUGCCCAGGUGCCGAGAAAGCGGAGGUAGUUUUAACCUGCAUUAGGAUUUUAACUUUCGCAUGUUUUUUAAAUGCGUAUCUGGUCCCCCGUCCCCGACUUCUCGUUUUACCUUUUUGUAAACCUUUUGAGACUUCUUGCAAUCAAGCGGCGUAUAAGUUUCCUGAGAUGAACAAUUCCCCUUCCCUUUGCCGUAAAGCUGUGACUGGGGGGGGGCGGGGGGCGUCCCUGCCCCUCAGCCCUAACCCGCCUCGCAGGGUUGUGGGAGUUGCGGGGAGAGCCGUGCUGCUCCACAUUGAACUCUUCGGAGAAAAAGGUGGGGUAUAAAUGCAAUAAACAAACAAACAAACAAAUAAGAUCUGGUGGCUCUCCUGCUACUCUCCUUCUCCUAAUCCUUGCCUGAGUGAUUUCAAGGUGUAAAAGAAAGACUUUGUUUUUCAUUGAUUGUGGGGAUGGUGGGAGAGAACUGUUCCCACAAAUUCCCCUUUGGUCUGUGUCUCUAAUUCACCUCACCCCCACCCAUUUGUGACUUGGCAAAAUAUAUUUGAUCCUAUAUGUGUGGAAUCAGCUAUCUUGGCUUUGUAUGCCCACGGAAACAUUGUGCUCUUCCCCCAUACACACCCCUCUGCCCUACAAAAGCAGGUUUUCACCCUUUUGGGGCAGUGUUUCCAGGUUUAAUGGUGCACAUAGGAGUUGUUGGCAGUCUACUUCUAUGAGCAAAAGUGGGUAUUUUGUGCACUAUUGGAAGUGUACUUUAUUUUGUAGGGAUCAGAGGUGUGAGUUUGCCCAAACUUUUUUCAAAGAGGGCCAGAUUUGAUGAAGUGAACAUAACAUGCGUAAGGGCCAACCAAACUUUAGGCCCCCUGCAACCAAAGAUUAGGCCCCCAAAAUGGACUUUGGACAUGCCUGCUUAAGGAUACACCACUGGUUGAUGUAACAUCAAGGCAACUGAUGAGUGAAGGUUUUAUACUUCACCCUUGUUUAAAGUACAUGAGUUGUGAAUCUAUCCAGUAUGAAGGUAUACAUUUUUCAUACUACAGUACAGGCACAGUACUGAUCUUGUAGUCUUUGGUGUGUGUUUUUUAAAUCUAAAAAUGCAUGUAUGUUGUAUAUGCAGUUUCCUUGUAGAAAUACUUGUCAUGUUUGAGUAGAGAUUUAUUCAACCAUGUUCACAGUGAAUAUCGUAUAAAUUUAGCAAAACCUGAAAAUAUUUCAAAAGCAAUAAAGGAAAUUCAAUAAUACAGUCAAACCUCUGUUCUGCUUCCAAAAUGUUUGACAGCCGUGGUGUGGCUUCCAGUUGGUUGCAGGAGCUUCCUGCACGCAAGCAGAGGCUGUGUUGGACGUUCAGCUUCUGAAAAACAUUUGAAAACUGGAACAUUUACUUCUGGGUUUUCGACGUUCAGGAGACGAAACGUUCCAAAAUGGAGGCAUUCGGGGGAUGAGGUUUGAUUGUAUUGGUCAAAAAAUAAAGUACUAUAUCUGCUUUUUUUCUGGUGCAUUGCUGCAAUACAAUUUUGUAUUGCAGAUAUCUGGGCAGUUGAUUUAUUGGUGAUAGCCAAUUUUAAAUGGUCAGGUGCAAGCCAGGUGAAGUUUAAACUUCUAUUAAAAUGUUUCUGAAAUGCUUAACUUUGAUUGUAUUGUAACAAUGGCCUACUGAGUUAAAGCUUCCAGCCCCAAUUGUGUGGUUCUUUCUACCCCCCACCCCGCCCCAGAAUACAACGGUACCUUGGUUCUUGAACGGUUUAGUUGUCGAACAAAUCGGCUCCCGAAUGCUGCAAACCUGAAAGUAAGUGUUUGCAAAUGUUUUUCGGGAGCCGAACGUCUGACGUGCCUUUUGCUUGAGUGCAGGAAGUUCCUGCAGCCAAUUGGAAGCCGUGCCUUGGUUUUCAAACAGUUUCGGGAGUCAAACGGAUGCCCAGAACAGAUUAAGUUUGAGAACCAAGGUACAGUACCACUGUAUCUGAGAUUAAGAAUCUCAUCCUCUACUGACUGAGCUAUCCCAGAUCUUUUGGUUAGCUGAUCCUGCCAUCUACUCCAUUGACUUCCUUGCAAGUUAAGCAAUAAAAUAAAAUACAAAUCCUUAGAUUGAUGAUGAUGAUAAUUAAUUAUACCCCACCCAUUCAGCUGGGUUUCCCCAGCCACUCUGUGCGGCUCCCAACAGAUUAAAAACAGAACAAAACAUCAAAUGCAGCCAUUCUUUCAUUUACAAAUCAAGCACACAUCUUUGUAAACAAGUGUGGGCCUGCAUAUAUAAAAAUGUAACAUGAGUAUCUGCUCUGAGACUCAAAAUGAGUUGUGCAUCUUAUUGGAACAUAAUAUGAUCAUCAAGGGUGUCGUCGUCCUGUCCUUACCAAAAUCUUCAGGUUGCAACAAAAUACAAAACAAAAAAAAUCAGUCAAUGAAAAGUAGAUGCAGGCUGCACCAAUUCUCUGUGUGUUUCAUUGACAAAUAGCAGACUGUGGCUAAAUGUUAGGCAGGAGUUCAGAGACAACUUUGGGCAUUAAGUGUAUCUGCAUAAGGCUUAAAUUGGGCUUAAUAAUAAUAAUAAUAAUAAUAAUAAUAAUAAAUUAAUAAUAAUAUGGCUGGGACUGUAUGUUUGCUGUUCUGAGUUUUCUCCCAUGUUAACAGAAUUCAUAUGUAGAUCUCUUUAAUUUCAUAUAAGAAAAUAUCCAUGGAAAUUAUUUUUGUUGAAUUACUGCAGGAUGCUAUUCCCUAAUCCAUAGUGCAGUGAUAGUCCUUAACAAGUGUACUACAGCAAGAAUCUGUGUAUUAGUCAGUGCUCUGCAUAGUGAAAUAUUUGUUUGUGUUUUUAUUUAAAUUACUUAUAACCUCCUCUUCAUAGUUCAUAUAAUUCCAGAGUGUGGAAUGUUAAAGUACAGUAAAUCAAUAUGUCAUUUAAAUACAAUUUGAAGUGAAAGCUGCCAGUAUACUAAUAACCUACACUUAUUUAUUUAAAAAAUAUUUGGUCUUAAUGUGCAAAACAAACCUGUAUUGGGGAUCAUGAUAUAACUAGCAGAAGGAGAAGGCUUCCAACCUGUUGUAAUUAUAGUUGGAUAACAUAUCUAUGGGUAGAUGGCUGUACUGAAAUAUUGGUUCAUUUAUUGGUGUUUUGCUCUUCUUACAGAGAUUUGCACAAAAUGUUAACCGCCCUACUAUUAUUAUUUAAUCCAUGAUGUUCAGCUGACUGUUGUGACUUUUCUCCUUGCAGACAAAAUAAGCUGGUGAUAGCAAAGCCCACAAAAGUUCUAGUGGCUGCUAUUGAAAAAAGGCCUGAGGAUUAUACUCGGGUAUUUUUGUAUUGAAGCACUGAUAGAAAUUUAUGAAAACUUGCAGGUGGAAGAUAAAGAAAUAAUUUCUGUGACUUUGUGUGGUAGCUGAGUCCCUGCUUAGUGGUCAUCAAGUCUUUUAUUGGCAAUUGUCCACAAUGAAGACAUCAGAAGUAAACACAGUCUCUGAACCUAAAUAGCAUAAAAGUGUAUUUUUACAUGAAAUUCUGUUUCCAUGAAAUUACAUUGUUCACAGUUCUCUGAGGUUUGCAUUCUAUUUUGCCAGCAGGAUAACGGUAUCAAACAAAAAAAUUAUGUGAUAGAUUUCUAUAUACUAUAAGACGCACCAGACCAUAAGACGCACCUAGUUUUUGGAAGAGGAAAACAAGAAAAAAAAUAUUCUGAAUCUCAGAAGCCAGGACAGCGAGAGAUCUGGCUUAUGCGAUAGCACGCGCAGCCUCUCCUGGGCAGUGAGAUGAAGGCUCCCCCUGCCCGGAAGAGGCUGCACGCAGCUAAGCAGGAAGCCAGGACAGCCAGCGGGAUCGCUGCACUGCCCUUCUCUCUCCUCGGGGAAAAGCCCCCAAGAGCCGCACACACGCUCCACGCGGCUCUUUAAAGGGAGCGCUGAGCAGAGCUUCCCGCCUGCAUUCGCUCCAUAAGACGCACACACAUUUCCCCUUACUUUUUAGGAGGGGAAAAGUGCAUCUUACAGAGCAAAAAAUACGGUAAUUAAUUGAUUGAGAAAUCACUUUGGACAAUAAUGGGGAAGGGAUGAUGAAGGGCUAUAACUCAGUGAUUGACCAUCUGCUUUGCAUGCAAAAGGACCUAGGUUCAAUCCCUGGCAUGUCCCUGAUUGGUCUGGAAAAGACUCCUUGUCAACAACCUGGACAACCAGUUUGUGUUGACAGUAUUGAGCUAUAUGAGCCAACAGUCUGACUCAGUAGAGGUUCUGUGUACUUUGCCACACAUAAGGAUGUGUGUGUGUUUUGGUUUGUGAAGCUCAGUAAAGCAUAACAACACCUAAUUAUAAAUGAAAUUUCACUUGAGGUUUAUAAAAGAUUGCAUCCUUGCCAUUUGGUGGAGAGUAGCAUGCUUGUACAUAUGAGCAACAGUAGUUUAGUUGCUAGAGCAAUAGAGAUGACACAUGCAAAUAGUAUGACGCUUAAAUAUUGAGCAAGGUGAACUUGGUGAUUUUUUAAAAGUAGCAUUGCAGCUUAAAAUGAUGUGCACUCCACACUUGCCAUUUUACUUUCUGUGUCCCAAAAGGGAUCAAAUAUCAGUAUACCUGAAUUUUUGGUCAGGAGCCUUUGAGCCAACUUAGGAAGUUGAUAUAUGUCCUAGUGAACCUUUUAACAUUUUGUGGAACUUGCACUGUAGACAGAACUGAGUUAAGUGGGUUAGUAGUCUGACUUGGUAUAAGAUAGCUUCAUAUGCUCAUUAUUUACAAAUUACAUUAAGCCUGCAACUUAAACACAUUUAAAUUGUGUGUAUUGCUUCAUGCAAUUGGCAAAACACUAACUUUUUUUAACAGGCAGUAAGGGCAUGGGGUUCUAGGUAAAAUGACUUUGGCAAUUCCACCCAUCAUUGGCUAUAUGCGAUUUUGGCUUUAGGUGUGAUCCUUGGAUCAUAACCCCCAUGUAAGUUGCGGGCUUACUGUAUGGCUAAAUUGCAUGCAACUUACAAUAAGCUUCACAGAAUAUCAAAAAGCUGUAAGAUUUAAAAUACAAUGCAGUAUGAUAACUUGAAUAAAUGUUAUUGACUAUACGUUCAAUAUUUUCAUAUUAAAAUGCAAAAAUGUGGAUUUUGUUUCAUAAAUACAGUGUUUGAGAUAGGAAAGAGAAUUAAGGGAAUGUAUUCUUUGUUAUGCAUAUUGAACCUAACUAGAGAAUUCACUUCUGUCCUACAUCUCAUUCAUCUUAUAAUUGCAUCCUCUUAAGUCUGUAGUCUUGCUUCCUAGGGAGUAUGUUCCAUUGAAUUGUUUAGGACUUGCUUUUGAGUAAACAUGCUUAGAAUUGUCCAGUAAAACAACACAAGUAAUGAAACCUUUAAUUGAAAAAGGAACUGCUGGCAGUAGAGUAUGACUUACAAUGCCCCCCCCCCCAAUCCAGAAUGUAUGGGAAGACUGUGAAUAUCCCUAUAUAAAUAGUGUGGAAUUCUGUAAAUCAAAUGCAAUUCCGUUACUUGCAAAUCCUCUUUCUCACUUUCAAAACAAUUAGUUUCUUUCCUGAAGUUACUAUUAAUAUGUAUAGCACCCACAAUAGUGACAUCAUAUUGUAGUUUACUUUAAGAAACUAUUAUUUGAUGUCACAUUCUUAGAUGUUCACUAGUGGAUCCAUGACAACCAGAGAGUGGGUAAACAUAUGACGUAAAAGUAUUUUGCUUAUUGAGCUUGACUUGUGAUCAGUAGGGCCUUUGUUUCUUUUCUUCAAGCCAGGAGGCAUGCCAACUUAAACCAUGCCUUUGAGGUUGGUAGUCUCAAGAAAUGACAUUGAGCUCUUUUUAAUUCAACUCUGAGUUCCAGUGAAACCAUUCAGAUUUUUAGCCAAUGCCAUACUGCAGACAUCAGAUUUAGCUAAUGAAACCAUUUAACUUUACCCAGAAUUUUCUUUCCCAAUUAAAAUACAUGUUUCAUAGCCCAUACCCAACCAAGAAACCUUCCUUUUCCUGGGGGAAAUACAUUUGUAUUCCUGUAGUGCUCCAACUUCCUGGUUCCCCUUAGUUUGCCUCUUAAAGUAAAUUCUCACGCCCUGCACUUAGCCACAUUUACUUGAAACUAAUUACCAUUAAUUUUAGUGGAGCUUGUAUGUCCAAGUCUGUGUGUGUGCAGGGGAUUUUUUUUAAAGCAAGGCAGUUUUGAUGAAUGAUGCUUUUAAAGACUAAUUAAUAAAACAUGAAUCUUAAAUUUAGUAUACAUAUUAAAAGCAUAAGGAUUUUUAAUGAAAGUUACAAAUUUAAAUGGAUCAGUACUUGUUCUGCUUAUCAGCUCAUGCGGACAAAUUUGGUAUUUCAGACUACGGAGAGUUAAUAGGUUGACAUUUUUUCAGUUUUUGUGAACUAUAAAUCUGAGAAGUCUUAAUAGUAUCCAUAUCCACAUCCAAGGCUUUCUCAGUUGCUCCAGUACUUCACAGGUGCCAAGCGCCAUUGCAGGUUGGCUUCCUGACACUGUCCCGCUCUUUUGGCCAGUUGCCAGAGUGGGAAAGGAGAAGCGAACGGGAUGGGAGUUUGAGGGUGGGGAGAGGUCAGUGCAAGUCCAGGACACAAACCCUUAAGCCCAACCGUGGCUCCACCUCAGGGAGGCCAUGUGAUGGCCUGGCUGUGUGUAUGUUGCCUUUAACCGGGAAUGUGCCUCUGGUUUGGACUCAGGCAGUGGCAAUGCAUGCAUUCUCUCCCCCACCCUUCUUUUCCUCAUGGAGGGAGAUUUGGGUGCCCCAUUCAGCUUUGCUGCUGGGCUCCCUCCCUCCAUCUAUCACUCGCUCCCCCUUUCUCUCCCCAUCUCUCUCUGCUUUUCUUUUUUUUAAACCCAAUGUUUUGGUUAAGUUUUAGUUGCCUUGUUUAAUGUACUUGUGUACAUUGUACAUAAUGUAAUGUAAUGUAUGAUAUGAUUUUAAUUUCAUAUAAACUAGCAGGUUAGUUUACGACAGUUUUAAGUAGUGCACUUUAAGGUGUUAUCUACCUCAGACUCUCAACAGUGGUGCUUAAACUCUAAACGAACUUUGGAGUGGGUGCAUUCAGGGACACUGAAGUCUUGUGCAAACUAAACUGGAUACUCAAGAUGUGUGUGUUUGCUGUCAGUUCUGUAGGCCUAUAAUACGUGUUAGUUGUUGUGCCAGAAAGAUAGAUGUAAUAUGAAGGAAAGGGGUGGGGGUUAGGGAGAAUCCAGAGUUUGUAUGCAGAGUGGAAGGAAAGGAGGACCUUUAUCUGCCUCCCCACUUCUACCCACUCUCUGAAGACUGGAGAAGGGACCCACAUACUGUAUGAAUACUAAGUGGGCAGGCAGGGGAAGCUUUGUUUUUUUCAGUCUUCAGGUGAGGACUGGACUGUAUGUAAAGUGAACGUAAGAUUGUAGCUGGAGUUCAUUCAUUUUCUGCUUUGUAAUCUUGUUAUACAAAAAAAAGAGGGCUCCCAGACAUUCUGUUAUUGCGCCCAGAACCUAGUUUUCAGGCUUCAUGUGGUGCCUGGCUUAUCUACCUGAGUUUCUAACACUCUUCAGAUUCACUUAUCUGAAAAUCUGACUUCCUUAUUUUUUAUGUGUGCUUUGUUGAUCAGCGACAGCCAUUUUUGUGAACAAGAUCAAACAAAUCAAUUUAUUGAUUACUAUAGGGUGUAAUGGAAAUCAUCAACUCAUUAUGCAAACACUUGCCUAAUGAACAAUUUCCAGGGAACACAUUGUGUGUGUAAUGUGGGGCCUGUGUGUAGUUGAAAUUUGCAUCCAACUUAACUUUUAUUUCUUCUAGGGGGAAAUUUGCAGUAGUAAAAAAGUGUCUGAAGAAAGAAACUGAAAAAGAAUUUGCAGCAAAAUUCAUGAGGAAAAGAAGAAAGGGCCAAGAUUGCCGGAUGGAGAUAAUUCAUGAGAUUGCAGUUCUGGAACUGGCACAACGAAAUCGUUGGGUUAUUAACUUGCAUGAAGUAUAUGAAACACCAACAGAAAUUAUUUUGGUUUUGGAAUAGUAAGUAUUAAUUUCAUUAUAAUCAUGUGGUGGGUUUAUAAAAUGACAGGAUUUAACAUUAACAUGUUUUAUUCAAAAGCAAUGCCAAAUUUUUGCCCCAUUUUUGGAGCUCUUGUUAGUUUUUCAAAAUGGUGCAUAACCAGGUGUGUGUGUGUGUAUUGUCUUAACAUUUCAUCCAUAGCAACUUAAUGCUACCAAUGACACUGACUUUGCCAGGAUUUCAGCAAAAUGCAGUGUAUAGCUUUAAGGUUCUAAACACUGGAAACCAGUCCAUGGCAUGGAACGGAUUGGUUGAUACUGGUUGAUAGCCCAUUGACUUCAGUGGGAGUUUACUCUCUGUAGGACUGCAACCUCAGAGCUGAAACCUUGAAGGAAGUUGAAAGGAGAAGUUAGUGGGUCCUCAGUCUGAUGAGGCUCCUAACUAGUGUUUGAAGAUAACUCACCAAGUAAAGUGUUCUUGGGGUUCUAGAGGUAUGAGGUUUACAGCAGUACUAUUAUUAAAUAUGUCUUUAAGGAUGUUUUAUUCUAAGAGAAUAAUUAUAGGCUUCAAAAAGAUUCGUCACUAACCAGCAGAUUCCUAAUGUUCCUGGAACAUAUUGACUCAUUGAAGCAUAACUACUAUGAAUUGUAGAAAGUUCCUAUUUUCAUGCUUAGAUAUAUGACUGAACUAGGAAAGCAAUGCUUGUCUCUGUUUGGUGCAGUUUUUUAGUACAGUAACCAUAAGUCCCUGAGAAUUUGGAGACUAAUAUCACAGUGCUCUGCAUUGUUUUGUUUUUUCUUUAAUUACAUCCUGCCUGUCUAUGAAAUGGUGCUCAAGAAUGUUAACAGCAGUAAAAUACAUAGCAGAAUACACAGUAAGACAGUUACACAUGAAUAAAAACAUCCAAUUUCUUUUUAAUAAUUUAUUUUUAGUAAUCGCAAUUGCUGGAUAAAUAAAUGACUGGCUGCAGUAUUUGCACACUCCAACUAGGGCUGAGCAAUACCUGGUUUUCGACAUUGUGAUAUAUCAACCAACGUUCAAAAUUAGCUGUGUGCUGUGCUGUUGGGUAAAUCGGGUAUUUGGCAGGGUAGCACGGUAGCAAAAUAUGUGGGCUGUUUUCCUGCAGGGCUGCUUGGUCUGGUGGUGGUGUUUAGUCGUAUCCGACUCUUCGUGGCCCCAUGGACCAUAGCACGCCAGGCACUCCUGCCUUUCACUGCCUCCCGUAGUUUGGUCAAACUCAUGUUUGUAUCUUCGAGAACACCGUCCAACCAUCUCGUCCUCUAUCGUCCCCUUCUCCUUGUGCCCUCCAUCUUUCCCAACAUCAGUGUCUUUUCCAGGCAGUCUUCUCUUCUCAUGAGGUGGCCAAAGUACUGGAGCCUCAGCUUCAUGAUCUGUCCUUCCAGUGAGCACUCAGGGCUGAUUUCCUUAAGAAUGGAUAGGUUUGUUCUUCUUGCAGUCCAUGGGACUCUCAAGAGUCUCCUCCAGCACCAUAAUUAAAAAGCAUCAAUUCUUCGGCGAUCAGCCUUCUUUAUGGUCCAGCCAGGUCUGGUAGCGGGCAGCAAAAAAUAAUAAUAAUAGUGCCUAGACAUUUUCUUUUGGCGCUCACAGUUUUGGGACUGGAUCAGUAAAAGAGAAGCUAGUCCUGAUGCUGUGGAAUUAUUUUUUUGAUUCUGUCUAUAUUCAGAUGACUUUUCUCAAAAUCAUAACACUAACUGAGCCAAGCCAUGGAUUAACCUUGGGGUAGCACAGCAGCAGAAAGAGUAGGGAAGGAGCAAAGCACCCAGUAUUUUUCAUCUUGAGUACCAGUACACUUGCUCUUUCAUGCUUAGUCAUGGUUUUGCUUAGCAAUUCAUUUGGACUAGGUCGCUGAAUGGCUAAGUAGGUUGCCAGAAUCCUGAAAAGCUGUUUAUUUACCAGUUAGACCUAUUUAAGGCAAGCAUACACAUUUCGCAUACUCUGUGAGCAAUAAGGCUAUUGGAGUGAAUUGUUGGGUAUUAUUUCUCUUCUCUAGAAAAGUUUAAAUAUAUCUGUUUUUCCUCAGUGCUGCUGGAGGAGAAAUAUUUGACCAGUGUGUAGCUGAAAGAGAUGAUGCCUUCAAGGAAAAAGAGGUUAAGCGUCUCAUGAGGCAAAUUUUAGAAGGUGUUUCAUUUUUGCAUCGAAAUAAUGUAGUUCACCUUGACUUGAAGGUAAGAUGUGGUUUAGAAGUAUGGAGGCAAUAUGAAGAACCAAAUUUGUAGUUCAGAGUGGGGGACCAUUUCCAGAACCUGCCCCACCCUAUGGACCAUUUUAGACAGGUAGGUGGUCACCCAGCUAUCAGUUUACAUUGUGUCAGCUGCUCACAUCUAAAUUUGGGCAGAGAAUUGAAAGGCAGCAAGCAGCAAAGCCUACUGCAUUUCAAAGAACAGACACAGGCUUACCUAUUAUCUUGGUGCUGUAGCAAAUUUGAAGGACUGCUGUGGAUUUCUUAAUAGAUUCUGCUAAUACUACCUUUAUUCAUUUAUUUUCAGCCCCAGAAUAUUCUGCUAACCAGUGAAUCACCACUGGGAGAUGUUAGAAUAGUUGACUUUGGCCUCUCCAGAGUAAUGAAGAAUAGUGAAGAACUAAGAGAAAUUAUGGGAACACCUGAGUAUGUGGGUAAGUUCUUAGCAAGAAACUAAUGUGAUAAUGGGCAAGCAGUAAUGGGGUAAUCCAAAUAUUUGGAUUAAAGUAUCAGUCAUAGUUUCAAAAAUGCAUGUUCUCUUCAAAGACCUGGUAAUUAAGUUGUGGCAGUGAUUCAGAAUAUCCAAGAACACACUUUAAGAAACAUAUACAGAAUUAGUGCAAGCUACCUUUAUUAGUUCUCAAGCUUAGACUCAUAGAGUUGGAAGAGACCACAAGGGCCAUCGAGUCCAACCCCCUGCCAAGCAGGAAACACCAUCAGAGCACUCCUGACAUAUGGUUGUCAAGCCUCUGCUUAAAGACCUCCAAAGAAGGAGACUCCACCACACUCCUUGGCAGCAAAUUCCACUGUCAAACAGCUCUUACUGUCAGGAAGUUCUUCCUAAUGUUUAGGUGGAAUCUUCUUUCUUGUAGUUUGGAUCCAUUGCUCCGUGUCCGCUUCUCUGGAGCAGCAGAAAACAACCUUUCUCCCUCCUCUAUGUGACAUCCUUUUAUAUAUUUGAACAUGGCUAUCAUAUCGCCCCUUAACCUCCUCUUCUCCAGGCUAAACAUGCCCAGCUCCCUUAGCCGUUCCUCAUAAGGCAUUGUUUCCAGGCCUUUGACCAUUUUGGUUGCCCUCCUCUGGACACGUUCCAGUUUGUCAGUGUCCUUCUUGAACUGUGGUGCCCAGAACUGGACACAGUACUCCAGGUGAGGUCUGACCAGAGCAGAAUACAGUGGCACUAUUACUUCCCUUGAUCUAGAUGCUAUACUCCUAUUGAUGCAGCUUCUGAUACCAUCAUUGGUAAAAGCUACAGAAGUAGGUUGAUGAUUCUAUACUACUGGCAUCUAUAUCUUAAAUUGUUCACAUUUUUAGUAGAAUGCAUAGCAACCAGCUCUAUUUUCCCCCCUACAAUAGCUCCAGAAAUUCUGAGUUAUGAUCCAAUCAGCACUGCAACAGAUAUGUGGUAAGGAGAGCUCUUUAUUGAAUAGUUGUUUUGUAAACUGCAAGUUUUCCUCGUAAGAAGCUUAUGUGUGUAAUUUUUUUUAUUUUAGGAGCAUUGGAGUGCUAGCAUAUGUUAUGCUCACAGGAGUAUCACCUUUCUUGGGAAAUGAUAAACAGGAAACAUUCUUAAAUAUAUCUCAGAUGAAUGUUAAUUACUCUGAGGAUUUUGACCUUAUAUCUGAAUUUGCUGUGGAUUUCAUCAAAUCUCUUCUGGUUAAAAAGCCUGAGUAAGUUAUAUUUAAAAGUUUUUUGCUUCAUUGCUUUAAACCAUACAAGGCACAAAUAAAAUUCAGUUCAGUUGAAACACUGCUGGUUUAUGAAACCAUGGUUAUGGAAGCCAGGUGUGUGCAUUAGUCCCGUGGGCCACUUCCGUAACAUGCUGGGUUGUGUAUGGUGAUCUUGGCUUAUUUUUACAUCUUGAGUUCUGAAAUGGGGAACUCUGGUUUAAUGGCAGCUAACUAACUAGGGUAUUAAACCAGGAUCCUAAUAUUAAUAAACCAUGGUCUAUGAAGGUGGCAACAUUAACAUUCAAGCCAGGCCAUUGACGGUGAUUAAUUUUUUUGCAGAUUACCCACAGUAGCAUGGGCCACAUUGUUCCUGAUACAGCACAGAUCUCUUAUCAUUUGACAAUUUCUCACUUUUUUAUGUACUAUAAGGUCUGAGUUCUUCAAAAAAGUAUGCUUCCAUAAAUUUAUGGAGGUGUUCUAUGAAUUUUAAACAUUGAAGUAAUCAAUGUCUUUGAAUUAAAGAAGUUUUCCCGCCUUUUAAAAUCCCCCCUGAAAUAAACAAAAUUUAAUUACACACUACUCCAUAAGUUCUUCUAGUAAUGUUGCAGUAUUUCUUGUACUGCAGGAGCUAAUGCAGCAUAGCAAGUGAAAAACAGCCAUUUACUGCUGACCUGCUAGCUAUUUGAAUAAUUAGGAAACCCUUGAAUUUACAAGCAAGUUGGAGGCCCCACUUCUUCACAUGCUUGGCUUUGAAAAGCCACUCAGGCAUCCACAGACUACUGUUCUAAACACGUUCUAUAGGUUGCUGGCUAAUUGCAGUUACAAUGUAUUUCAGGAAAUUGUCUCUGAUUUUUGUAUCAGAAGUGAAUUUAGCUAUUCUUCAGUAGUUUCGAAGCCUAAACUAGAAAACUUGCUCAAAGGAUAUAACUGCUGUGAUAUUGGUAAAGUAGCUGAACUCUUUGGAGAGGAACGUUCAAAAUAUUUAGAAUUCUUGAAGAUUGUACAUUUCUACAGAUUCAUAUACAGUACUACUUGGGACUUCAUGUGACCAUUCCAAAGUGAACACUACUGAAAAUCCAUUUCAGCUUUUAAAACCCACUUGUGGACUGUAUCUUAACAUUAGGAAAAUCCAAAAUCUUUAAUUGAAGUAGAAAUAUUCUGAAAUUUGUGAAGGGGCUCUCAAGAACCACUUGCUCUCUAGUGAUCUAAAAUGUGAGCCACAUAAAACAGUUGUCAGAUGGAGGCAAUAAAAUUGUAUCUAGAUGCAGUUGUCUACCGUUGCUGACCACGUAGCUUGGUAAAAGAUUUUGUAAAAGAUUUAUGUGGAAGACUUGCAACAGUUUGGCCAGUCCAACUGACAAGUUGCUGCACAAAUACCCUUCUCUGCCUGAUAGAUGCAAUUUUGAGCAGCCAGCUGCCUAACUAACUAUUUUGUAUGAGGUGGACCUGAGCCUGCCCUCUGUACAAAACAUACUAUAAGCAAGUAAUUAAUGCAACAUCUUUUUCACUGCAUGGAGACUAUUAUGAAAAAGGUUAAACAUGGCUUUGACAAGAUGGAACUGCCAAAUUUGCAUCUGAAUGCAUGUUAAGCACAGAUCAGUUUAAUGAUGAAUCUCUAGUGGGAGGAAACUGUUGACAUAAUGGAUAAUGUGUUCUGAACUGGAUUUUUAGCAUUUCAUCCUUUUGGCCAGUCUUUUUGAGCAAGUGUUCCCUCUUUUCUGUCUAGGGAACGGGCAACAGCAGAUGAAUGUUUGGUACAUUCUUGGCUAGCACAAAUGGAUGUUCCUGAUACUAUAUACUGGAUAAAGAACACAGAGGAAGCAAACACUGUUGUUGUAAAUGAAGAAGCUUUUACUUCUGAAAAUUCUACAGAUGGAGAAAAAACAGAAGAGUCGUUAGUGUCAGAAGAGCUGAUUGUAGUAGCUUCAUAUACACUGGGCCAAUGUAGGCAAUCGGAAAAAGAUAAAAUUGUUGAACAGAAGACCAUUUCCAAGCGCUUUAAAUUUGAAGAACCAUUGCUGCAAGAAAUACCUGGAGAAUUUAUUUACUGA